UCAAGAGUGAAUGACUGAAGCCGGACCUGUGCCGGGAGUUUUUACAGUUUUCCUCUAUUAAUUAUAACAUUUAUCUUCCGAAAUAACCCGCACCAUACGAGUUGGUGAUCCAUCGGCAGAUUUCUGGAGACAUGGCCACAGAACAUAUUAAUGGAAAUGGUCCAGAAGAACCAAUGGACACCUCUGCUGCAGUUACCCAUUCUGAGCACUUCCAGACUUUAUUAGAAGCUGGUUUACCACAGAAAGUUGCUGAAAAACUAGAUGAAAUUUACAUAGCAGGUUUGGUGUCACACAGUGACUUAGAUGACCGAGCGAUUGAGGCUCUGAAGGAGUUUAACGAGGAAGGUGCUCUGCAAGUCCUUUUGCAGUUCAAGGACAGCGACCUCUCACAUGUUCAAAACAAAAGUGCCUUCCUCUGUGGAGUAAUGAAGACUUACAGACAGCGGGAGAAACAGGGGACCAAAGUGUCAGACUCAAAUAAAGGACCAGAUGAGGCCAAAAUCAAGGCCCUGCUGGAGAGGACUGGCUACACACUUGAUGUGACAACAGGCCAGAGGAAGUAUGGAGGCCCCCCACCAGAGUCAGCCCACUCAGGGGCUCAGCCCACCAUCGGUACAGAGAUAUUUGUUGGCAAAAUCCCUAGAGACCUUUUUGAGGAUGAGCUUGUGCCACUCUUUGAGAAGGCAGGCCCCAUCUGGGAUCUGCGCCUGAUGAUGGACCCUCUCAGUGGCCUGAACAGAGGUUACGCCUUUGUCACUUUUUGCACUAAAGAAGCUGCACAGGAGGCUGUCAAAUUGUGCAACAACAAUGAAAUUCGACCAGGCAAACACAUUGGCGUGUGCAUCUCUGUGGCCAAUAAUAGACUGUUCGUUGGCUCCAUCCCCAAGAGUAAAACAAAAGAGCAGAUUGUGGAAGAAUUUGCAAAAGUUACAGAGGGUCUAAAUGAUGUCAUAUUGUAUCACCAGCCAGAUGACAAGAAAAAGAAUAGGGGCUUCUGCUUCUUGGAGUAUGAAGACCACAAGACGGCAGCUCAGGCCCGUCGUCGGCUGAUGAGUGGCAAGGUGAAAGUGUGGGGAAAUGUGGUCACUGUGGAGUGGGCUGAUCCCAUUGAGGACCCUGACCCAGAGGUGAUGGCCAAGGUUAAGGUGCUGUUUGUGAGGAAUCUAGCAAGUACUGUUACAGAGGAGAUACUUGAAAAGGCCUUCAGUCAGUUUGGCAAGGUGGAGCGAGUGAAGAAAUUGAAAGACUAUGCCUUCAUUCACUUUGAGGAAAGGGACGGUGCUGUGAAGGCUUUGGCUGAUCUAAACGGAAAAGACCUAGAGGGAGAGCACAUUGAAAUCGUCUUCGCCAAACCCCCUGACCAGAAAAGGAAAGAACGCAAAGCUCAGAGACAAGCCGCCAAAACACAAAUGUAUGAUGAUUACUAUUACUAUGGGCCUCCCCACAUGCCUCCACCCUCAAGAGGACGGGGACGGGGUGGUCGAGGAGGUUAUUCGUAUGCUCCUGAUUAUUAUGGCUAUGAAGACUAUUAUGAUUAUUAUGGAUACGAUUACCACAACUAUCGGGGCGGUUAUGAUGACCCAUACUAUGGAUAUGAGGACUUCCAGGCAACUGGAAGAGGACGAGGAGCCAGGGGGGGAAUCCGUGGAGGUGUCACCCAGACCAGAGGCCGUGGUGCAGCUACGCCUAGAGGCCGAGUGGGCUUUUCCCAGCGGGGAGGCCCUGGAAAUAGCAGAGCAGGGAAACGUGGCCGAGGGCGGUCCUGACCUGUCACAGUGGAGACUGACUUGCUGUGUGGGGUUACACCAUAAGCUGCAAAGGAUGUUGACAGAAGAAAAGAAGAGAAAAAAACUCGACGAAAAGGUCCAAUGAUAUUCCAGCCUUACAGAAGAAGCACCCCCUUUUUUUUCUUAAACUGCCACCUUAAAAAGAUGACCGGAGGAUUCUGAAUACUUGCCACCAACUCUCCUUGCCUCAAGCCCUCCCCCUGGCCCUUCCAUACCGUGCUCCAUGAAUUGCCCCAACAAUCUACCCCUUCCCUCUCCCUGAACAUGUCAUUUCUAAAUAAUUAUUGAAGAAUUUGCACUUUUUAAGUUUCUUAGGUUUGAAGUGGCUCAAAGGAGCUUGAUGCUAUUGUAUAUUUUUGUGCUAAUCGCAAUUUUUAUUGUCGGAAUAUCCAUGUUAAUCUUAAUCGUUUGAUUUGGAUGUUUGAAAGAGAACAUUUGCAGGUUUUUAGGGUGUACCCACCUGGCAUGGAUAAGUCAGGCAUUCCAGGAAAGUGGUUCUUUUCAGAACUUGUCUUUAAAGGGUUGGUUGACUACCUCAGUACAGAGGACUAAACUACCCGGCCUGUACUGUAAAUAGGGAAACUUAUAUUGAUGAAAGCAGGGCUUGUUUUCAUACAAAAUAUGCACAAGAGCAGCAGCGCAAAAAAACGAUGUACUUAAUGUAAUAUAGUCAUUUUAGCUGCAGCUCUGACACUGCAAACAGUCAAACUGGGCAUGCAAAACAAUCUCAUAUGAUGAGCCUGAACAAGCCCUGCUUUUAUCUUAUUUUGAACUGAAUUAGCCGCAUUGCUUCUUCAGAGUAUGUAGUUACUGGUGUAUAGUUUUUCGGAAAAAAAUGUUACUUUUGUAAAGGCUUCAACAUCACAGGGCAUCCAACUGCCUUUGAUUUAAAAAAUGCCCUGCAGUGUCCCUUUUGUGCCACUCCAGCAGAUUUGUUUUUAAUAAUGAUGAAGCAUUUUUGAACAUCUGAUAAUCCAUCAAUAUCGUUAUUGUCCCAAUCAUGUAAAAUCUUGAGUGAUCCCUUCCCAGCUCCCUAGACAGCAACACUUAAAGUAGCUCUAUCAAGUUUGUCUUGAUCGAUUACAGAUUUGCCAUAUUGCCCAGCCAGCGCGCAUGUGUGCCUCUUGUUAGCUGCUAUGAUAUGGUGAGGGAUCAUAGUCAAUAAGUGGUAGAAGGGAUACUGCAGUGAAUGAUUUCUAUUUCCAGGUAUAGCAAAAAGUAAACUGUGCUAUUCAAUCCCCGGUUUUGUAUUACAGUUAACUCCCUCUUCAAUAAAAUCAUUACAACCACCUUUUGAAAAAAAGAUGUUAGCAGUUUUAAACUAUUGUUGGUGGCCAACAACGUUUUUUGCAUUCCUGCAAAUAAAUUGUUUUAUACUGUAAAAUGGAGGUGAGUGUAACUUAUUUUUGUAAUAAAGUUUUUGAUUUCUA